UUUAUCAAGAACAUUGGUAAUUUCUUACAUGGUGGAGCAACGGCAACACUGGUGGUCCUGGUGGAUUUAGUGGGGUCAGCUGUGAUAUACAUUGUUGGAGCUCCAGCAACUGAAAUUUCAGUGGAGAUAAACGUAUCAUACUUGGAUGCUGCUUAUGCUGAUGAAGAAAUUGAGAUUGAGACUAGGGCGUUUUGUGUUGGGAAGGCUGUUGGAGUUGUCAGUGUUGAGUUGAGGAAGAAAAAGACUGGCAAAAUUAUUGCCCAGGGGCAUCAUACCAAGUACCUUGUUGUCUCUACAGCAUUGAGUAUGAGAGCCCACACUUUUUGGUUACAAAAAUCAGAGUUGAGGAGAAGAUCCAAGAGGUCUCGAGAGAAAACCAUAGCCUCCAAACACCAUCCCAAAACCGUUCUUGAAGUUCCAAUCACCAAGAUAAAGCAAUUAGAUUUUUAGUGGGAGAAAAGACAGAAAUAAGAUCAGAAGGGAUUGGAUUCUUGGAAAUCCUUUGAGUAGCAGCAGUUGAGAAUUGAGAUGGUUCAAUCAAAAACCAAUGUGUUAUGAAGAUAGGCCACUUCAGGAGAUGCAAGCAACACAGGAGCAGCGACCAUUCAAAAUCUUUGUGAUACACCUCGAACUAUUCUGCGGUUGUGGAUAGGCAAAUACUGCUGCCACUUC